UGACGUCACGAGCGAGUGUUUGUCUGAAUUUCGUGUAUCAAUCACAAUGGCUUUCAACUUUUUUCGUGACAAGUUUUGCGUCUUUUGAACAAAAAUCAACUUUAAAAGAGCUAGAAAUGAAUUCGUUGCAAAGAAAAGUUUGCCAAUGUAUGGUUAUUUAAAAGCACGUCCAACAAAACGGUAGGUUAGCAGCUAGAUUUCGUAAAUUUCCACCUAAAGUUUGGUAGAAAUUUUGCAACCAUGUGGCCUUCUUGUUCGUGCUUCUGUGAAGAUUUACAGAAUCCCCAAAUACUAGAACUGCUUUUUUGUUGGGAUUUCAGCACGUUGUUUGCUUCAGAUUUUACACAAACGUUUGCAGACGAACGUUAAUAGAUUAGGGCUGUAGUGUAAUUGAACUCUGCCGCGUUCUUUAUAAAUAAAUCCUGCUUUGUUUAUCCAGGAGAAUUUUCAUUGAAGGCAAAAAUAAAAUGGGAUUUUUAAAAGAUCGAGGCACUCUGACUCUACCGUGCUAUCAAUGGGAGAUCACACAUAUUAGUCAUUAACUUUUUUUCCUUUUUGAACGAAAAUAAUCGUCUAUUAUAAAGACUAUUAAAAAGUUAGGCAUCAGUGCUCGAGUAUUUUUAAAACGUGCCCCGAAAAUAAUUGAUCAUUUGAUGUCACAUAACAACCGUCCUUCACACGUUUUAUUUCAAAGAGACGUCUUCUGCGAAGAGCAGCAUCAGAUCGCACGAAAGAGUGCUUCAAGUUUACCCGUUGAUCCUCAAUCAACUGGUUAUUUAUCCUGGGAAGGCAUAUCGUAUUUCUUCGGUCGCUUGUGGACAAAUGGUUUGUACGGUAGCACAACGUCGCCACCAUCAAACAAAAAGCUUGUCGAAACACAAGGUAUUUUGCACAAGGUUUAUGUACUUUUGUAAUUCACGUGUCUUCAAACAAGUUGGCUUGAAAUUUAUUUGGGUUUCAAUAAGCAUUAUGCAGCAGAAGCUGCUCAACCUGCAAUUUAAUAUCAGAACGAGAAAAUAAUGUGAAUUCUUUUCAUUAUUAUAUAUGUGGUAGUCUUGUAUUUUAUAGAGGCAAAUAAAUACAAUUGAGAGAUAAUUGUCAACAUUUCUGACUGAAAUUGACCACGAUUUGCUAUACGUGCUAAUCUUUGAAGGCAUGGAAGUAUUGGCUUCAAUAUUGCAGGAAAACAAAUCAAGGGUUUAUUGUGUUGUUGACAUGCAUGGCGUCAUUGCCAUGUGUGACUGGGGUCCUAAGGCUAUAUGGGCAGUCACUGAAAAGUAUACACUAAAAUAAUUUGUUGACCAUUUAAUUGGCAAUGUGCCCAAUGCAGCCUACUUUAUUAUUGUACUCUGUCUAAUGCCAGACGAUUUUACUGGUCAAAGGAAGAGUGUUGCCACUCAAUAGUUUAAAGUUCAUGUCGAACUCUAAAGGUAUGUUUACAUGCUGUGACUUGUUGUGUACAAUUUGUAUUCUAGCAUAUGCAAUUCAUAACCACACAUAACUUGGUCAUACAGUAUUUCAAAUUUAUUUCGCCAUAAACUAAAUGGAGAGGAAUUGUGGCGUCAGCAGUAAUUUUCAUACGCCAGAAAUAAGAAUCGUAGACAACAAAUCACAGUGUGUUAACGUACCUUACUGCCCUAUUGCUUUUAAUUUAUUUACAAGAUUGAGGGAUCAUAAUAAAUAGUUUCUUGCUUACAUUAUUGGCUUAUUGUUGUUGCAAAGCAGUUAUUGAUAUUGUAUAUUAAAAUAUUGUAAUGUUAAGGCUUAAUAUCAAUGACACAACUAUGACAUCAAUUUCUGUAGUCUGCUAUUUAGAUAUAAUUCAUAGUUGGACUCUGCUAUAGAAUCUUGGGUUUCCCAGAGAACAUCUGCACCUCCACGGAAAUUGGAAGUUAACCCCCCCCCCCUACCCCCUUUGGAUGCCCUGUAGCACAUUUUACUAUGAUCAGAAGUACAUUCUCCCCCCCCCCUCCGGAUGACAGAAAUUUCCUUUGUAUGUGGUGUGUACUGUAAAUCUUUUCUGGAAUGACCCAACCUCUGGUAUAGACACCUCCCCAUUUUGUGCUAAAAAAACAUAAUUUAAGCUGCAUGAUAGUGCUUACUAAAAAUAGUGGUCUUGUAAUAGCCAAAUUCACAUCAGAGAUAGCAACAGAGAAGUUUUUCGUCUCAACUUUUCUGUGAAGUUAGACAGGAAUCUCGCCUAAAAAGAACUUCAUCAUAAAUUUGCAUUCAGACGAACCGUGUAAAGGGGAAACUGUAUCUAGAAUUAUCAAGAUAAACAUGAGACAUUAUAGGCCUAAAAAUAAUACCUGUGGUUCCGGUUCCUGACCGACCCUAUUUUUUUCUGCCGACCCUAUUAUUUUUUCAAUGCUGUAGACCAUGCGACCCUAUUUUCUCUGAGUGGUUGCGGGCUACUCAUACAGCGUGCCAAAAUGGCAUCUGUUGUCAGACUAUUUAUUGAACCAAAUUGCCUAAAUUCGUCCAUAGGAAAUACACAUCUCUAGUUAAUAUUGAUGUCGGGACUCUACUGUAAAUCGCCCAGCAAAAAAAAAAACGCAAAAACCAUGAAAAAAUAUUUUUAAAAAAUUUAUUUCUUACCUACUGACCCUAAUUUUUCACGAUAUGAAACAGGAACCACAGGUAUUUUUUUUAGGCCUUAUGUAUAAAACCUACAUAAAAUUUAUAUUCAGACAGGUUUUAAUAGGCGAGUUUCCCAUCCAAGAUGAGUUUUCCAUCUCGAAUGUGAAUUUGGCUAAUCUUCAAUUUUCAUUAUAGUUGAUUCAGACUUGAUCAAAGAACAGAAAAGGAAGGAUCUUCUGGGUCUUCUUGGAGCAAUGGAGAACACUAUGGAAUAUACAGUUAGUGUAUAUUAUAUAGUAGCAUUUUCAUCUCUAUGCCCACUCUGGGUUCAAAUUCUCAACUUUGCCACAGAAUGCUUCCAUUUUGGCUCUAUCAAACGCCACAUAUUUUCUCAGGGCACUCCGACUUCCUCUACCUUAAAGCCUGCCGCACACAAGAAAAACUUGUGUGAAGAAACUAUGGGUUCUCAUUGGCUAGUUAAUUCAAGCAGCUCAGCACUUAAGCUCGCAACAUCCACAGGUGGUGAGAUUUUUCCUUGCAAGGUGAAAAAUGUCAUGAAACACAAUUGAUAUUUUCCUCAAAGCCUCAAGAGGUUUAGUAAAUCAUCACAAAAACUAUCUGCACACGAGCGAAACAUGCCCACUGCUACCCGCCAUGCGAGGCAGUUAGCUGAGCAAGUUUCUCUCAUGUGCAACAGGCUUAUUUUAACACAAAUUUGUUCAAAAGCAUUCGUAGUUUUAGUUCUCAUCUAGUCUCUUUCUUGUCAUUUGAAACUUCCAGGUGACGGCGUACGACACUCUGCCAAAAAUUGCUUUGAAGUUUGAUGCAACUCCGUCUCAAUUGAGCAGAUUGAACAAACUGGCAAUAAGAACGCUGUAUCCCGGUCAGGUAAUAAGCCUUUUAAUAUUACAAGCAUCAAUGUUAUUCUUACAUUUACUGAUGAGAUGGUUUGUAAGCUCAGUGGACAUGUCAUUAUUUCUCAGUUUAAUUUCAAAUGUGGGGGUCAAUGUAGAUAUUAGGCAGCUAAAGCAAACAAUGUCAAUGUUUUUGUCAAAACGGAUCUCAGAUUGCCGAGGGGGGGACAGGAGUAAAAACUGUGUAUCAGUUUGUGGUAAUCUUCAACAAAUAUGACAAGACAUACGAUUUUUAAAGGUUUUUGCUUUCUUACAAUAUGAUUGUAAAAUGUUGCCAAAAUUAGUUAUACCAAAUUUCAGGUAACAAAUAUGUUCACUGUUUUGCACUUAAUAUUGCUGGUUUGAAACAUAAUUAUACUAACCUAAUUAUUGUAAAAACAUUACAAUAAGAAUAUUUCUGUAAGAAAUUCUAGCUUAAAUAAGUACCUGCUUACAAAGUGGCACCUGUUUUAUGUAUGAAUAAUUAAUAUCCUUAAAAAGUCUGCCAUCACGCUAUAUAUAAUAACAAAUACAAUACUUUUGUAGAACAUUAUGAAACGACAUUGUAUAUACAUAAGUACUGAAUAUAUGGGCUUAUAAUGGCUAUAAUAAGCAACCUGGAAUUUUAAUACCACAUUGUUUGUUGUAAUGACACGGGGCUUGCACAAUGUCAGAAGAAAAGUCGGUUAAAAAGAAGUAUGGCUUUGAUUACAUCUAUUCCUGUUUGACGUUGGGCGAAUGCUUCAAUGUAAAUAAUUUUACAUUUUAUAACAAAUGCUUUACUCUUAUGGUUCGAGACUAUAGAGAUACGUAACUAUAGUUUUAAUUACCGGUAUUAUAUGUUUAUCAGCAUAUGUAAAUUUAGUGAAAAAUUGGUGUACAGCAGGCAAGACUGCAUUUGCAAUACUGUGUAAACACAUGCCCGUUGUGUUGUGUUGUUUCCGCACAAGAAGCAAUUUAUCUACUAAGUUAUUAUUUGUGAAUUUUACAAGGUUUGUAGUAUUCUGGUAAAUUAUAUAGAAUUUGUUUCAAGUUUAAGUUGAAUAAAUAAGCAAAUUUUGGCUAUGUCUAAAAGUUUUGUGACUGUAGCUUUAAUAUUCAUGCAAAAGCUACUCCAAGGCCUGUUUUUCACUUCAACUGUGUAUGUGUGAAACCUUUCUUUGUUUCUUGAGUACUAGGGUCCAUUUAACGAAUGAUUUUGACACAAAAUGUUUUAAAACAUUUUGUAGUAUAUGUAUAUGCAAAACAGCUUGUCAAUUAAAUGAAUAGCUUCUUAAUGGCAUGAGCAAUAAAGUAUCAGAUGCAGUUUAAUGGGUAUGAGAAAUGGUCAAAAUGAACCCAUUGAGUGGCAGCACUCUCGCCUUGAUGAGUAAAAUUGUCUGGCAUUAGACAGAGUAAAAUAAUAAGAUAGGAAGCAAAGGGUUAACAUAUUAAACUGGGAAACUCCACAAUGGCCCAAUAUUUGUUGUUUUCCUGUAACUCCAAAUUUUCUACUCCAUUUACUGAACCUAUUUACCCUCAUCUCAAUAUUUUACAUUUUCAGGUGCUGCGAGUACCAUGUUCCAAACCCGCAGAACCUUGUGCAGAAUGUUCUGAGGCUGCUAAAGUACAGACUGGUGCUCCUCAGGUAGAUAUGCUUUGCUAUUCAACUGAUAGAGCUAUCCAAUAUAAAUAAAGUUGGUUUAGUUUAGGUUUCCUCCUGUAGUAACACUGGAUCAAUAAGAGAUGAUCCUUACUGGACCUCUAGAUAGGAAGAACAGUUUAGAACUGAUAGAGCUAUCCAGUAUAAAUAAAGUUAGUUUAGUUUAGGUUUCCUUCUGUAGUAACACUGGGUCAAUAAAAGAUGAUCCUUACUGGACCUCUAGGAAGAACAGUUUAGAACUGGUAGAGCUAUAUCUAGUAUAAAUAAAGUUAGUUUAGUUUAGGUUUCCUCCUGUAGUAACACUGCAUGGAUCAAUAAGAGAUGAUUCUUACUGCACCUCUAGGAAGAACAGUUUAGAACUGAUAGAGCUAUCCAGUAUAAAUAAAGUUAGUUUAGUUUAGGUUUCCACUUGUAGUAACACUGGAUCAAUAAGAGAUAAUCCUUACUGGACCUCUAGGAAGAACAGUUUAGAACUGAUAGAGCUAUCCAGUAUAAAUAAAGUUAGUUUAGUUUAGGUUUCCACUUGUAGUAACACUGGAUCAAUAAGAGAUGAUCCUUACUGGACCUCUAGGAAGAACAGUUUAGAACUGAUAGAGCUAUCCAGUAUAAAUAAAGUUAGUUUAGUUUAGGUUUCCUCCCGUAGUAACACUGGAUCAAUAAGAGAUGAUCCUUACCGGACCUCUAGGAAGAACAGUUUAGAACUGAUAGAGCUAUCCAGUAUAAAUAAAGUUAGUUUAGUUUAGGUUUCCUCCUGUAGUAACACUGGAUCAAUAAGAGAUGAUCCUUACCGGACCUCUAGGAAGAACAGUUUAGAACUGAUAGAACUAUCCAGUAUAAAUAAAGUUAGUUUAGUUUAGAUUUCCUCCUGUAGUAACACUGGAUCAAUAAGAGAUGACUCUUACUGGACCUCUAGGAAGAACAGUUUAGAACUGUUAGAGCUAUCCAGUAUAAAUAAAGUUAGUUUAGUUUAGGUUUCCACUUGUAGUAACACUGGAUCAAUAAGAGAUGAUCCUUACUGGACCUCUCCCAGAAUAGAUAGUCGUGUUUUUAUUGGAAAUUGGCCCAAUUGGCAUUCCAACAGAAAUAUAAAUCCAAAUUCUAAUUGGCAUUCCAAAUGUUAAAUUUUAUUUGCAGUCCAUGACAAUGGAUCAGCGCGGUGAUGAGAUGGGUAAAAUUCCUGUUGCCAAGAGAGUUUCAUUUGACGAUAUUGAUGAGGAUGUAUUGGAAACUUUUAUAAAAGUUAAGUCAAAAUACAUCACAGACGGGCAGGUGAGAUGGAUAAUAAAAAUCUUGUUUUAAACUCCUCACAUUUUGUAAAUUUUAAAUAAAAAUACAUGACUGAUAGAUGUGAUAUGAGGACAUAGACCUUCGUUAAUCUGAUAGAGGUCCCAAUUUGAGAAGGUGCUAAAAAUUUAACUUGGGAGGUUUUAUUCGAGUUAAUGUAGGACCGUGAAAUGCAGAUAUAAACUCAGCUAGGUCCUGAUAAAAACACCAGAAAACUGUAGAUGCACAGCAGGGCUUGAAUUUUAUCGCGGCAAUUGCCGUAGAGGGAAAACAAAAUGCCGUGGAUCAUUGCGGCGACGACGGCAAUUUUUUGCCGUACUGAGUGCAAUUUUUAUACUAUUCACUGUGCAUUACUACUUUGAUACAGUACUUGAAUUCAGAUGUUGAUCAAAUCAUGCGUAAAUCACUAUUUUAGUCUCAGUUUUCUUUGAAAAAAAAAAACACUAAAGAAAUACGUAGACAUGUUUCUAGCUUGUCAACAAUCCAAAGUAACAAUAAAUUACAAAUUAUUACAGUAAUUUGAAAAAUGCUGUGGAAACUGUCAAAAUUGCCGUGGACAGCUGUUACGUUCUACGGCAAUUUUUAAUGCCAUUGCCGUCGACUGAUUUCAGGGAAAUUCGAGGCCUGAUGGAGAGGGGUUCAACUGCCUGAAAAACACAAGUAAAACUUGGACAUUUCGAGCGAAUGCCCUUCAUUGGGAAGUUAGCAAAAUGCAGUACUGUAUCUACUGUUCGUAAAGAUUCUGCAAAAUCUCUCAGCAGAAGCUCUGUCCUAACAACUUAAGCCCUGGGCAAACUAGGAAACAUUGUUGCGGAAACAUUGUUUCCUGCCAAUGUUUCGCCAUGUUUCCCAGAGUGGGCAAACACUAGGAAACAUUAGUGAGAAACAUAGGGAAACAUAUGUUUCUGAAUUUGCUAGGAAACAUUUUGCUUCUUGGGAAGCAAAUUUUGUUUCCGCAACAAUGCUUCCACGGGUGGGCAAACAUGGAAACAUUUGAGGAAACAUCACGAAUCGCAAAUGUUUCCGCAACAAUGUUUCCUAGUUUGCCCAGGGCUUUAACACCUUCUCAGAAUACCAUGUUUGUUUCUAGGGUGUGGUCAAAGGUUUUCUCUUGAUCACUCCACAUGCCAUGAUAUUUCAUCCUGAUGUCUCUGAGAUCUUGGUUGUUGAUCGAGGCAGUGAAUAUUACAAAGUUCAUUUUAAGAUGAAGAGUGUUUGUUCUGCUGGCAUGUUUGAUGAUAUUGCUUCAAUGGUCGUUCAUGAGGCACUGCCGCCUGGACAGUGAGUAACCUAACUAGCUGAACAUAACCUAAACACACUUUACUGGAUAAGCUCUAUCUGUUCUAAACUGUUCUCCUUAGAGGACCGGACUAAGAGUCAUCUCGUAUUGAUCCAGUGUUACUACAGGAGGAAACCUAAACUAAACUAACUUUAUUUAUACUGGAUAGCUCUAUCUGUUCUAAACUGUUCUUCCUAGAAGUCUAGUAAGGAUCAUCUCUUAUUGAUCCAGUGUUACUACAGGAGGAAACCUAAACUAAACUAACUUUAUUUAUACUGGAUAUAGCUCUAUCUGUUCUAAACUGUUCUUCCUAGAGGUCCAGUAAGGAUAAUCUCUUAUUGAUCCAGUGUUACUACAGGAGGAAAGCUAAACUAAAAUAACUUUAUUUAUACUGGAUAACUCUAUCUGUUCUAAACUGUUCUUCCUAGAGGUCCAGUAAGGAUCAUCUCUUAUUGAUCCAGUGUUACUACAGGAGGAAACCUAAACUAAACUAACUUUAUUUAUACUGGAUAGCUCUAUCUGUUCUAAACUGUUCUUCCUAGAGGUCUAGUACGUUUGUUUUGUUUUUUGUUUAACGUUUGACUGUUUGUCCUUAUAGCUUUUUUCUAGACAAACCCCUCAUGCAAUGGCUGGGUGAUCCAAGUACAAAACCACUGGAGGAAAUAAAAGAGGAAGAUAGUAGCAGCACUUUGCAUCUUUCAACGGAUCCAUCAAUAUCCCAAGAACAAUCCAUGGAAUCUCUCAGUGAGACUACGGAAAGUCUUCAAGAGAGGGCACCUGCAUGUACGCUUGAUACUGUAGCUAUGGAUAUUCCUAGUGGGAAUUUGAAAGAAACAGAUACACUGCAGACCUCAGCACAAGGAAGUAGCUUAGCAGUGGAUACUACAAAUGGUGUCUUAAAAGAUAUAUCACAAGCAGGGGAACAAGACUUAGAAAACAAGGAAUUACAGAGUUCGGCAGAAGAAAUAAACGUAGAGCAUGAUUUACAAGAUAAAUCUGUUGCAUCGAGCAAUGAGAUAGAUUUAAGUUUAACAACUGACUCCCUAGAACAAGAUUUAGAAAAUUCAGAACACAAAAGUUUAAAUGAAAUGUCUAUAGAGCCUGAAAGUGCAACGGAAAAUUCUGUUGAAAUGUGCUCUGAUCAGGCUGAGAAAAAUUCAGUAGAGACUUCGAAUGAUCCUAUAUCGUCUGAGGUAAUUUGCAAUGAUGAUGUUAUUUUAUCAUCAAGCCAGUGCUCAUGUUUAACAGACAAUGUUGCCAUUCCUGACGAGAAUGAGCAAUUGACCAACACCGAUCCUUCCCUGCAAAUGUACAGUACGCCAAAAUUGGCACCGUAUCAGGAUGUUGGGGGUGAACAUGUGAUAGAAAUGGAUAAGGACGAUUAUAGAGAAGGGAUUAGUAGGGAUAGUGGUAUACACGAGAGUGAAGAUGAUGUACACGAGGACACCGAUGAUCAGAGUUGGAUUGAUCGGCAUGAUGGUGGUGAGUUUCGCGCUCAACGUUUCUUGGUCAAAUUCUAUUUUCUCGUGCUCAAGUUUUGUUUUUGCGUGCUCAAGUUUUGUUUUUGCGUGCUCAAGUUUUAUUUUUGCGUGCUAAAGUUCUCUUUGCGUGCUCAAAUUUUCUUUUUGCUUGUUCGAGUUUGUUGUAGCGUGUGCAAAUUUAGCUCAUUCGUGUUCAGGCUUUCUAAAUACGUGUUGAUAACGUUAAAACAACGUUUUUAUUUAGCAUUGUCAGGGAAGAACAUUGUACCAAGACCAUCCGCACAUUAUGAAGACAUGCCGAAAUAUUUGUGCGUGAGAAUCAAGAAAUCGUGUUGGCGCGAAUAUCGACCUACGUGUUGUCGUUAUGCACACGAAGCUAUUCAACAAGCUACUGACGAGAGAAGAGAAUUUUGGUUUUCCAUUCCUAGUGAUAGGUACGAUUUGAACUAAACUAACUUUAUACUGGAUAGCCCUAUCAGCUCUAAACUGCUCUUUCUAGCGAUCCGGAGGAAACCAAAAUUAAACUAACUUUAUUUAUACUGAAUAGCUUUAUCAGUUUUAAAAUGGGUCCAGUAAGGGUAAUCUCUCAUUGAUCCAGUGUUACUACAGGAGGAAACCUAAGCUGACUUUAUUUAUACUGGAUAACUAUCAGUUCUAGCCAUUUCUUAUUGGUCCAGUGUUACUACAGAAGGAAUUUGGAGUAGAGUCAAACUGGAAGCACUCUGAGGUGAAAUUAUAAUGAGACAACUGCAUAUUGCCAGAAAUCAAACCCCAGUCACCGAGACGAAAGAUGCAUGUACUGAUCAUUGUGUGUUUUAUCCAGGUUGUUGGAAGUUUAUGGUUUCUUUCUCGAGUGGUGUCCGGCAAUUCACGAGGGUGACACGGAUGAUGACGACAAAUCUGAAGACGAAUUCGUAGAUUCACUGGAUAGUGACUACAGUGUGAUUACGAUGCCGAAAGAAAAUGAAGAGGUAGAGCAAAGUUUGUUUUCUUAAAAAUGUAGACUUCGGGUAGUUAGAUUCCCCAAUUAAUUUCUUGAAUAUUGUUAAAGUCUGGCGGCAUAGUCGUUAGUGUAUGUGCUUCUCCCGUUGUAACAAACCUGCAGCAGACUUGUAGCAAUGCUGUUCCAACAACUUGUCAACAGGAUGUGUUCGCACUGCUUGUUCCCAGCUUGUUGACAACUUGCUGCAAGGUUGAGCUCAACAGACUUGUUACAAGUUGUUCCAACAACUUGUUAUCGUCCUGCAAUUCAACAAUUUGUCAACAAGUUGUGAGUGACAACCUUGUAGCAACUUGAUAAAAUAACAGCAUUGUUACAACUUGUUGACAAGCUUGCUACAAGCCUGUUGCGAACACAUCUUGUUGACAAGCUUGCUACAAGCCUGUUGCGAACACAUCUUGUUGACAAGUUGUGAGAUUUUUAUGUGUGUAUAUGCUAAUGACAUUUAUAUUUCCUUUUCAGUCAUUUGAACUUGUCGAUAAUUUCUUCUCUAGCAGUCCUGGGAAAGAGGUAAGUCAGGCAAGGACAAUGAGGUGACGAGAAAGCGGAGAGAGUAGUCUAUACCAUCAGACUACCUCACGCACGAACGAAACACAAAUUUCACGCAUCUUUUUUAGAACGUGCAGAAUAAUCGUCGUGAUAGAAAGAGAAGUCGCGGUCGUGAGAAAAAGAAGAAAAAGAAAUCUGAAGCAAAAGAACCGGAACGAAGAACCACGUUAGUAGGAUACGUUCUAGCAGACGUUCAACCACAGAAUGUCGAAAAAAAGUGUAACCGCUACCACGCCACAGAAUAAGAAGCUAUAGCAGAAGCGUAACUCUAGUCGUUUCCCUUAUUGUUUUACGUCCACGAAAAUUUUAACUCGCUCACGCCAUUCUGGCUAGUACAACAGGAAGUUUUUAUCAGGUUUUGCUAGGUACAAAGUGCCGGUUGUACUAGCCAGGAUGGCGUGAUUGAUGACGAAUCGCUUGUAAAAACGCGGACAAAUACUUGCUCGAGUUACGCUUCUGCUAUACCUUCCUAUUCUGUGGCCACGCCAUGAUUCGUCAUCAAAAUGCUGACGCCAUGGUCGUAGCCAAUGCGCUUAUAAGAGGCAUUCCCCCUGGGCGUCCGCCAUUUUGAAUAUUAUCAGGGGGUGAAUGCCUCUCACAAGUGCACUGGCUAAGACCAGACCAUGGCGUCAGCAUUUUGAUUACGGUUACGCCAAAAUGACAGGAAAAACCAAGAAGUCGAGCUUCGGUAUAGUCUCUAUUCUGUGGUUCAACUCCGCUUUCUACUUUGUUUUUACUUUGUUAAGCAAAUUCCGGUUGCGUCUCCUAAGAGAUAUCGCAGGAGAAGUAAAGUAGAUUCAAUGAUAUGUAGUAAUUAUCCUUACUAAAAUUUAGCUGUUAUAUUUCAGUUCUUGGAGCGUGUGUUCGAUGGAAGAACCUAUAAUGCCUGAGGUCGUUGGCAAAUCAGAAAUUCUGACAGACGCGCAUAUUUUAGAGGUAUGUUGAAUGAUUCCUGCAAUAUCCAGUUGGUUGUCUGAUAAUA